CAAACAGUCACAAGUAGAGAAGUUGUGUUCUGCGAACUGUGCAAAGCUCAAAUUUAGACGAGCUUUUCUAGACGUUUCGAACAUGUUACCAAGUUUCUUGGCAAUCAAACGUAAAGUGUGAAUAGUUGUUGUUGAAUUUCCUGCAUAUCAACGCAAAUCAUGGUCGUCUUCACACAAAUUUUAGGUUAUGCCGCACGUCAGGUGCCGAGAAACUAUCUACGUGGCUUGUUUGUAGACUCGCUGCGUCUCCAUGUAAAAGGUGGAACAGGUGGGAUGGGCCUGCCUAGAUUCGGAGGAAUUGGCGGCCGAGGUGGACACGUAUAUCUCGUUGCCAAGGAGGGCGAGAAUCUGAAAAAUCUUGCAUCCAAAUUGAAAGCGCAUAAAUUAGUUGCUGGAGCAGGCGGUAAUAGCUCACAAAUACAACUUUUGGGUAAACUUGGGGAAGAUAUGACGAUCCCGGUGCCUCCAGGGGUGUCUGUGAUUUCCGAUCAAGGUGUAAAAUUAGGAGAAUUAAAUGAGCCAGGUUCGAAACUGAUCGUUGCCAAAGGGGGAAUCGGGGGAUGUCGAGAAACAGGAUUUAGUGGGCAGAAAGGAGAAGCUCUGCAUAUUCAUUUGGAUCUUAAAUUGAUAGCUGAUGCCUGCUUAGUUGGCUUCCCAAAUGCAGGAAAAAGCACACUUCUGAAAGCAGUUUCCAGAGCUAGUCCCAAAAUUGCAUCUUACCCAUUCACAACGCUGAGGCCACACAUUGGUUUAAUAGAAUACAAGGACCUGAGGCAAAUCUCCAUAGCAGAUUUACCAGGGCUGAUCGAAGGUGCUCAUAUCAAUAUAGGAAUGGGUCAUAGAUUUCUGAAGCAUGUUGAAAGGACGAAAUUGAUGUUGAUCGUGGUAGAUAUUCAAGGUUUUAGAUUAUCGCCCAAACACGUGCCAAGAAAUUGUUUCGAGACGAUAGUGUUGCUCAACAAGGAGCUGGAACUUUACAAACCAGACUUACUCAACAUGCCUGCUAUUCUGGUUAUUAAUAAAAUGGACACAGAAAACGCCAGGGAGAAAUUAAACGAGAUAAAACCAUUGAUCAAGGAAUACGAACGGAAUUUAGCAACAGUUUCAGACGAGAUACGUCCCGAAAAAGCCUUCGUAUUCGAAGCUAUUUUAUCCGUUGCUCUCCGCGAGAAAAAUGUCGAUGAAAUCAAGUUGCUCAAGGAAAAAGUACGAAUUGUACUAGAUCUGCUCGCGGAAAAAGAAGUAAGGCAAACGGAGGAAUUUUCCGAUAGUGAAUUAAUCAAGAAGUUAAAAGAGGAGAGUAUGCAAAGGAUACCAACGCUUGUGUAGAUGUGAACUAGAUCGAACAAUCACCUUGAAUGAGCAGUAAUUUUCUCUUAUCUCGUGAAAAAAGAAAAAAACCUUGCCCAUUUUCACAUAACAACGUACUUGUACAGAAAUAACUCCAGUAUCAGUUAAUUUUGUAAAUAAAUUAUUGAACC